AUGGACGCGGAGCCCGAGAGCGCGGCUCGGACGCUCCUGGGUCUCUGCCCCUCCCGCCCGGCGAGCCGAGAGGGGCGGCCCCGGCCAUGCCAGCCCCCUGUCUCCGCCCCUCGGCCGGGCCGCUCCUCCUCCUCAGCGCCAGCGCCAGAGAGGCAGCCGGAGAGCGCCAAGCCGAUCGCCUUCGGAGAGUUUCGCGGAGCAGCUGUGCGGGAGGAGGCGGGCGGCACGGAAGGCAGAGACGGGGGUCCGGCGAGACCCCCGAGACCCUGCGCUCCUUCUCCUGCUCCUCGCACGGUAAGGAAACAGAAGCGACCUCACUUCCCGCAAGGGGGGGGGGGGGCUUCGCUUGCCUUUGCUCUGGUGGGAUGUUGCAAUAAUAACAGCGACAAUAAUUAAUAAAAAGCGGCCGGGGCGGGGAAGGGAAGCAGGGGCGGGGAAGGAGGGGGGUUUCGCCGCUCGCUCGUCUCCCGGGAACGGCAGGCCGGGCCGGGCUGCACCAGGAGAGGAAGGGGCUGCGCUUGGAAGGGCUUGUUGAGGGCUGCGGGGGGGGGGUCGGUUCUACAUUCCCAGUAAACGUCACUACUUUGGGUGCAAAACGCUCUUCCUUGGGCUGGGGUGAUCGGGCUGCUUUGGGCUGAGGGACCCAGCAAAGUCCACUUUAGACCCAGUUGGAGAGAAGGGAGAUUGCAAAAGCGGGGGGCGGAGGGAGAGAGGACCCGGGCGGGAGAUCGUGGCCUGCCCCGAGCCUUGGUCGUCGCCCCCCCCCCGAAGAAGGCUGCAUGUGGGUGUCAGAUUCGCCAACAGACGGUGCGCCUGGCCCGAGCCCUUCGCUUCCCCCCAAACUUGCUAGGCCAGCCCUCUGCCAACAGGAGGCUUCGCGCGGAGCGACGAGCCUCUGGCCGCCAGAGACUGAUCAGCGCGCUCCGAGUGGGGCGAAUCGAUCCAUCGGGGACGAAUGAAUUAAACCCACGCGGGAGGAAGUGGGUUGGAAACAAUAGAUAGUGACUCGCGUGUGUUUCUUUGGACUUGCCUUACCUCGCGCUCCCGGAUAGUCUUCUUCCGUGUCGCUGGAAAGUUUCGGGAUCCCUUUCGGAGACACGCAGCUGUGGUGACAGUUGGAGGUGACAGGCGCUUCUCUCCGACGGGAGACGGACAGGGGGAAUUAAAAUAUAAAUAAAGGGAAUCGGCAGGAGGGUAUUCCUCCUCCGCCCCUUCCUGCAACAUUUUUGCUCUUGGGGUUCAUGGUUCUUUGGUGGGUGGGUGGGUGAAUGAGGAUGGCUUUUACGGUACCAACGAGUACAUUGGGUUGCUUUCCCCCCAGAUGCAAACUACCAAGUACAGAUGUGAGGGAGAAAGAAGUAUAUUUAGUGUAAAACAAACAAACAAACAACCAACAACAACACAGAACUGCAUGAUAUCGCUGCUGGGUCCUAAAUUUACGGGUGUAAAUUUGAAGUAGGAGGAAGGUGGUUGCAGAAGUGCCAAAGUCUGUACAGUACUGUACUUGCCGGGAACUAGGGAAUUGUUCCAGAACACUCAGGAAAACAUUCCUAUCCUGAAUAGAUACCCGGGCUCCGCAAAUUUUACUGGACUCAAUAAUACAUGCAGUACCCUGUUUGUUCUCUAGUAAUAUAGACAGAUUCUAUGCAGAUUUACUCCGUGGAUUUCAGUGGGACAAAAUUCCAAGUAGUAGGGUUCCAGUCUCUAGGACUGAAUUAAGGAUGGCUGGCUGAGAGCAAUUAUCCUGAGAAUGCCUUAAUCAGUGCAAUACUUUGCAUAUUUUCUUGGAAGUAAAUUCCAUCCACAGGGUUUAAUGGUACUUGCUUCCAGGAAAACUUGUGUAGGUCUGCUGCCUUGGUCUGGAACUCAUCCCUUCAUAAUGCUGAUAGUGUAGGAUAAAAACCAGAAGAGAGCUGCAGUUGAACUGAUUUGCCUGCAUCAUUUUUUUGGUUUUUUUUAUACAGAUUUACAGAUGUGAAAAAUGCAAAAUAGAGCUGUAAUCCUAUGCAUACUCAUUCAGGAGUGAAUCUGCUUGAGCCCAAUGGUUCUCAGUAACCAUGCAUCAAUGCCCCUUAAUAAAAACAGUCUCAUGGAAAAAGUCAUGGAGUUCAGAUUAUUUACUUUCUAGUAAAUGGCUUAUAUUUGUUUUGCCAUCAAAUUUAUGUCUGUUGCUAAUUUUAACAGCUGAUAUUUUUAAACAUCCCAUUUUUACUGCUUACUCACUGUUUGUCAAUUCAUGUUUUAAAUAUCACGGUUGUGCUUCCUUUUUAUUUGUGUUUUAAUGAGUUGUGCAUGGGUUAUAGGAUGUAGGUACCCCAUUUCCAAUAUUAUGAGUAAGGAGAUGUAUUGUGGUGCAAGACAGAUGGUCUGUUGAAGGAGUAAGGGUCAGAUAUUUAAGAGCUUUCCCCUUAUUCGUUCUGUUUCCCUCCCAAAGAAACCCAGAUUGUGUUGUCAGCAAACCUUUAUGCCUGGUACUGCUGUUCUUGAAUGCCACCCGGGACCUGAGCCUGGAUGAGGCUGUUGAUCUUGCUGGAAAUUGGAGACCUCUCUCUUUUGUCUAGGAUAGUCAACACAGCACUCUCUAGAUGCUGUUGGAACCCAACUGUCAUCAGCCCCAUGCAGCAUCGCCAAUGAUCAGGGUUGCAGAGAGAUAUAUAUAUAUAAUCUGACUGGGUUGCCCCGGCUACUCUGGGAGGCUUCCAACAUCUAGAGGGUACCACAUUGACUACCAUUGCCAUAGUCUAUUUUUGAUACCGUCUCACCUAGCUGGACAGAAUGGCAGUUUUUAGGGACCCUUUUUGGUGUAUCAUCUAUCCUGCUGCCCAACAGUAUCCCUGCCACAGGUGAUAAAAAUGGCCUUGGGGCCCUCCUGAUAGAUAUAGGUCAGGACUUCAUUGUCACCAAGACAACCAUGGGGUUGUUACAAGUCAUCUGGGCCCUUUCACAUGUAGUAGGGCACACGCUCAGUAGUUGUGAUCAGUUGUAUAGUGUGUGUGUGUGUGUGUGUGUGUAUGCACAUUUUUAACUAUUUCCUUGUCAUGGUUAUCUGGUAACACUGGAAUGGGGAACAUUGGGCCUUCCAGAUGUUGUUAAACUCAGGGACAUCUUGAGGGCCAUAGGUCACUCCCCUCUGCAGUAAUUUUUAGGCUAUUGAUGACCUUAAUGUUUUGGGAGCUAAAGGCCUUGUUCAGAUUACCUUUGGCAUCUGAUGGAUCCAAUGGUUUUCAAAGUGCCCUGGGAGAUUUUCUUGCUGACAUGGAUUGCAUUUUUGCUGAUACCCUGGUCAGUCUCUGGAAUUUGGAGUUAAUCUGGGUAAUCAACCCAGGCUUUCCUAGGUGUUCUGUCCUACUGGUUAGAACCAUAUCAGCUCCCUUGUUUUCCAGGGAGCUUGGGAAUCAGCUGGUGGAUUAACUGGGAUACAGAUGGAGUAGAAGCUGAUAAGAAGUCUGAUGAAACACUGGCUAGAACCAUUUAAAGGCCUACUUGGUGGUAAAGGUAGUGUGGAAAAAGAAAUACUUUUCUGUUCUCUGCUAAUAUUGCACCUGUGCUGCCUUAGCCUAGUGGAGCUUAUAUAAAUUAUAAGACAUUUUCUCCAUCUCGACCCUUGGGCAGAUUAUCUUCAAAAACCAAUUGCAGCACCCUUGGUAGACAUUUUUCAGAUAAAAUAAUUUGCUUAUGCCCUAUCACCAGUUAUUCGGUUACAGGAAUAAGCCUAUAUAUCUAGCUGGUUAGUAUCGUAUGGAUAUAUUUACGUUAUGGAUGUACAAGGCAUGCUUGAAGAGAUACUGGCUCUCACCUAUCCCCCUAACUCUUGCCCAUUAUGGCUUACAAAAAGUAGCUGAGAGGAAGCAGGUGGGGGGGUCUGGGAGGUACCUUUGGAGGUUGGAGCAAGUUUUUCUCGCUUUGAGUGGGGUGGUCAUGGAGUUAUUUCUGGAGAGCCCCUCCAGCUUCACUUUUUUUGAACAAUUAAGGUCUUAGCCCAAUACUUUUAUCUGAUACUUCCCCACCUCCUGGGGCUAGGUGGAUGGUUAAUGUAGAGAGGGGCCUGAAUUAUGGACCAUUCCUCUUUUUCAACUCAUUGACUUGUCAAUUUUAAUCUGCUACUUUACUUGUUUCUUUAGAAGUGCUUUUACUAUUUUAUUUUUAUGCCAUUUGUUUUGUUUUAUUUCUAUGUGGUUUUCUUGGGAGCCUUAAGGCAAGUGUAAAAUUCAGAAUACAAAUAAUGGACUGCAACAUAAUACUCCAAUUCUAAACACAUUUCUUUAGUAUUAAGUUCCAAUGAAUUUUGUGGAAUGUACUGCCAACCGAGUAUGCUUAGAGAGCACAGCUUGAAGCUCUAGUCAUAAACAAGGGGUUUACUUGUGUUUAAAUGUAUAAUCGCUAGUUAAAUUGUGGUAAGACUAAAUCAUGUGUGAAAAUAUGUAGGUAGUUUAUUUGGAUGAUCUGAUGAACAACUAUGCUACGUCACUGACACUGGGAUCUUGCACUUGACUUUAAAAGUAGCCUAGUGAACAAUAAUGCAAUCUUAAUGGGGUGAAGGGCAGGCAAACAGUUCAUACAGUGUUUUUUUAAAAAAACAACAACAGCACCCAACCUGAAAUCCUUUGUAGUUCAAGCUGCAGGUUACACAAUCUAGUUCUGUCCCAUUGCAUAGAGGUCAGUGGGACAAAAUGGUUAAGUACAUGUACUUCAAAUAAGUGACUUGUGUUUUACUUUUGUCAUUUGUUCAAUUCAGAAGCAGGAGCACAUGCUAUUGUUUGCCAGCCAAUUUAGCAACCAGAAUUUCGGAUUUAUGGAUUGAAAGGUUGAUUGAUUUAGCUUAUAUACGCCUUCAUAUUUCAACAGAAACCUCUAAGUGGUUUAACAUAUCCCAACGACAACAAAAAACAAAUAUAAAAUAUAAUACGAAUUCCACAUUCAUAAUUCCACAUACUACUACUCCCACAUUUCAAGUAACACAAUUAAGUAACGAUAAAUAUCUUGAACAAUGUACAUAGUACAUAGUAAAAUAAAUAUGAACUGCAAUCACACUCUCCUUACACUCACCAUAUCACUCUAGGCACACAAUUCUCACUUCAAUUUUUUUUUAAAAAAUUAACUAACCAAUAAGCAGAUGCAGAAAAACAAAUCAAUCAAAUAAGAGCAAUGCAACAACAACUCCCCAUCCCAAAACCACUAAUUUCCAUCCAGUUCUUGGAAUUAACUAGUUUAUUUGAACAAAGUUCACUACAUACUUUAAACAUCUCUGAACUUCACUUGAAAGUAGUUCCAACAAUUGCUGGGUGAAUGAAAGGUUCAUUUUGGUGUAAAAUUAUGAACAAUUCAUGUUUGUUCCCUCCCUCCUAUCCUAGAUUUCAUUUUAAACAAAAAGUAAGUCAAUCAGACAUAUAUAAAAAAGUUAGUAAACUGUGGAAUAAAUGUUCUAAGGCUUAUUAGGUUGAUAUGGAGGUGCUGCUGUUGCUAAGGUUCCUUAGCGACUUAAUCACCAUGGUUAAGCAACCAACAGGAAGGAACAUGAGGCAUUUCCUGUAUUUUCCUUGCUGAAGAAUUUCGCUGUCCUCCAAUACUGGCACAAAGUGCAGGAACCAAGUGCAUGAUGCCUUGUGCCAUUAACAGCUGUGUGGCAAGCAAAAAUUAAACAGGGUUAGCCUUUUCUGGCAUGGAAGUACAAUUUUAGGGGAAGCAUCACCUGUUAAUAUUCUGUCUGUCAAACAUUUUAUUAUAUGAUUAUGCUCCCAAUUUACUUUUAGACCCUUUACUUCAUCACAGCAGCUUGUAACAUUCUGAAUGCGCAAGACAAACUUUUUAUGAACUAAAAAGUUAAUUUGGAUAAACUUGAACUGAACUACCGUAUUUUUCAGUGUAUAAGACUAGGGUUUUUUUAGGUUUAAAAUUGGGGCUCGUCUUCUACAUGGGUAGUGCUGAGGGGUGUUUUCUUAAUUUGGAGUCCCCCAAAAUAGGGAGCAUCUUAUACAUGGGAGUGUCUUAUACAUGGAAAAAUACAGUAGUUCAUUUUGUAGAAGGACAAACUUAAUCUGGAACCAGCUCUUUUUAGACAGGAUGAACUUGAACUCAAACUGCUUCCUUUUUGGAGUGAACUUUCCAAGCACCGUUUCCACCCAGUUUUUCACCAAGGAAAUGCCCCUCUUUUCACCUAGGGAGUUAAGGACAUUCCCCAUAAACAGACUCUCUCCCUGCAGGGAGUCUGGCACAGCCACUAGCACGCCUAAUGCUUACCACCUUGCAGGGGGCAUCCCUGUCAGAUAAAUAUAAAAACAAACUCCCUUCAAGAAUAAUAAUACUCUAAGAACAACACAGAAGAGGGUAGUACCCUUGCUCUUAUGACAACCCCAAAGUGAAAACCCAAAAAGGAUUAUCCCCUUUGGUGUCACCCUUUUGGAUCUAACCCCUGCCCACUAGGGUUGCCCAACCACAUUAUGGUGCCUUGCUUUUUUAUAUCUAUGUGCAUCAAAUGCAUAGGCAUAGCCAGAGGGUGCGGGGGGGGGGCAGCUGCCCACCUAAAUCAAGUAAAUAAAUAAAAAUACUUAACUAACUAACCAACCAACCAACCAACCAGGUCACAGAUAGCUCAGUUCUGCCCCCCCCCAAACCAAAGUCCUGCCCCCUAACAUAAAUCCUGGAGCAAAUGAUGAUCAGUUGCUUAAAAUCUUGUCGACCACUGUCACACCUUCAAGAGAGUAUUAAUAAAUGAAAUAUUUUUAAUUAAAAAAACCCUGAACUAAAGUUUUAAAAAACAGCAACAUUAGAAAUAAAUGUAUUCUACAACAAAAGCCUUUCAAGUAAAUGUUAUGGCACUUUGAACAGUCAAACUUAUAUCUGCCUCAUGUGUUAUCUUUUAGAUGUCAGGUAAAGUUUGUGUUUCUAUGGACUGCUGGUGUUCGAUUUGUUUAUAGUUUAGGCUGUUUGGUUCAAUUUGUAGAGUUAAUUUUACCACUUUUCUCAUCAUGGAAUCGUAGUGAAAGGGAAAAAGUACCUAGUGGUAUCUUCCCCUCUAUGCAGCUUCAUGUAUUGUCCCCAAUCCAUGUCAUUUUGCUCAGUGUCGUAUAUAAUGAUGGGUAGGAAACCUGUGACCCUCAGAGUAUUGGUGGCCACAGCUGGUGAUACUUAGGUACACUGACUUAAUGUUUCUGAAAGGAAAGCUUGGCAAGCAGUCGUUAGCGGAGGAAGAGGAGUGUGGGGGGGAGCGCACGGCUCCCGGCAGCGUGAUCCCGGUAGGGUGCCAUCGCGGCUGCCCCCGCCCUCACUGGGUGCCACACCCCUGCAGAUGGCAUGCCCCGCCCCGCCCCUGCCUGCUCUCCGCCACUGCAAGCAGUUGGUAAAUCUGGAAAACAUCCAGCUACAGCCAGCAUGCAGACUGAGUGUUCUGUUUCCCAAGACAUCUGUCAUAGUAGUUCCAUGAAUAAAUCUCAACUGAGUUUAGCUAUAGAAAGUCUUGUGUGAAAACUGUAACAAUGCAGUUGUAGGCAUGUUUAUUCAAGUGUAAGUCCCACCGACUUUAAUGAAUAAAAGUCCUCUGGGUUACAGCAGAGACCCUACAAUGAGACCCUAUAUUUUCCUUUCAAUGUUUUCUUUAGAAACAUUUAUAUAAGCAAUGCUUUAAAUGUCAAACCAUAUUUUAACUUUAAAAAACCCCAAACUAGGAGUGCCAUUUCGAAUCCCCAUGACGGGGUGAGCUCCCGUUGCUCGGUCCCUGCUCCUGCCAACCUAGCAGUUCGAAAGCACGUCAAAGUGCAAGUAGAUAAAUAGGUAGCGCUCCGGCGGGAAGGUAAAUGGCAUUUCCGUGCACUGCUCUGGUUCGCCAGAAGCGGCUUAGUCAUGCUGGCCACAUGACCUGGAAGCUGUACGCCACAACCCCAGAGUCUGUCACGGCUGAACCUAAUGGUCAGGGGUCCCUUUACCUUUACCUAAAACCAAAGAUUCUUAUGGAAAUAGAACAUACUUCCUGUUUUCUUCCUUUUAGCCUACCUAAACAAGCCAUUGCCUUAAAAAAAAGACAGAAAGAGUGGGCAGAGUACUGUUGCACUCAAGCCCUGCUUUCGAACUUCCCACAGGCAUCUUGCUAGCCACUGUGAAGAUGCUGGACUGGAUGGCCCAUUGGCUUGAUUCAGUAGGCUUUCCUUUUGUUCUCAAGUAGAAAGCAGAGUGCAGUCAGAUGGUGUUAUCAUAUUUGCCGAGUCCGUGCUUUUGCUUAUUCAGGGAUCCUUCCCUUCUGAACCUUUGGAACCGCUUCUAGAUGUUGGUGAAAAGAGGCAACAGACUCUGCUCCUUACUUGAUGUGCAUACUUCAAAGCUUCUGCAAGAAGGGCUUGCCCAUUCCUGGCCCACUACUCUUCUCCCUCACUGCCCUAGCUAGGGCUUCCUCUCCUUUCCUUGAGGAGCUUCUUCCAUGAGGAAGAGAUUAGAAGGCUGCCUGUCGUAGAGUGUGCCUUGGUGCGAAGGCAGUGUUACGUUAAGCCAGGCAUCCCCAAACUCGUCCCUCCGGACACCCAUGAUCCCUAGCUAACAGGACCAGUGAUCAGGGAUGAUGGGAACUGUAGUCCCAAAACAUCUGGAGCGCCGAGUUUGCCUAUGCCUGUGCUAAGCCCUGCACCGCAAUGAUUUUUUCCCCCAUUUUGACUGGCUGAAAUGAACUAGGAACAGCACAGCUCCAUAAUACAGCAUGGUUUAAUUGAACAUCUCUACUUUUUGCCUGGUUACCAGGCAUUGUAGUGCCUGAUUAAUUGGGGCCAUUAAAAACAAACAAACCGUAUGGUGAGGAUUAAAAAGAAAGAUGGGGGUCAUAGCUUCAUCUUAAAGCACUUGCCUUUAAAGGUACCAGAUUCAAUUCCCAGUCUCUCCUGGUAGAGGAGAGAAAGAUCCUUGUUUAAAACCCUGGAGCUGCACCCAGCCAAUGUAGACAAUCCUGAGCUACGUGGACAAGUGAUCUGACUUGGUAUAAAUCAGUUGCCUAGGUAAUACCAACCAAAUGUUGUUGGCCCCAGUCAAAAUGCAUACUAAAAACGUCCACACAGUUGUUGUUUUUAACUUGGGUAGCUGUUGUCUCUCUCCAUCACAACAAGCAUCAGAGAUGAACAUUGCUGGAGACCUGCCAAGGCCUGUGUCUCAGCAGAGAACCCCUUGACCCUCAAUUGCUCUCAAAAGCCUGUUUAUCUGUGCUCUGUAAGUGAGGGAGCCAUGACAGCAGCAGCAGCACCAGGAGGAGCUUCUGCUUACAUUAUCCUCUUCCUUUGGACUGCUCUGCAUAUUGGACCCAGAAGAAGAGUCCAAGAGAAUAGGCAAUGGAGAUAGAGGCAAGGUGGGUCCAUUCAAGGUGGCGGGAACUGAUGGGUCUUGCCUGGGGAUACCACCCACAAGCUGGAAUUGGCACUCCUCCCCUUGUUACAUGGGAUCUUGCUUUCUCCAAUUCUCCAUUUUUUUCCUGUUGUCAUUCCCACUGAGUUCCUUAGUUAAUGUUUUUAGGACUGUGCCCUUGACUGUCUGUUUACAGCUUUACGAGAUACUUAUACCAACUGCUGGGGCUGCAUGAGAAGUAUGGCAUGUAACUUUUCCCCACUGGAGACGAUGUACUAGCUAGAUUGCAAAAUGAUGCUAUCAAUCAGUCCCUCUAAUAACAAACUCGAGUGUUGACUGCUGAUGGAAGUGGAGCCAAAACAGGAAAACUGGGAAAUAAGAAGGGUGAUAUCAGUAUGUCCAGGGGAACUACAGGGUUUGCAGAAGCACAAAGAUGGUUUUAGGAACCCCCAAAACCUAAGAAGAGAACUGCAACUAAAAGGGAAAAGCCCAUUGAGUACUGAGCAGACUUAAUGGCCACAGAUGGUUCAGUGUUGUAACAGUGGAAAAGAGAAAAGAAAGAAUAAAAAUAUAAAAUGAAGGGAGGGGGCAUGGAAUGGUCUCCUGGGGGAGGCCAUGGCCAGCUGGAACCCCAAUAAGGACUACUCCUGCUAGGGGACAAGUAGACAUUGCAACAUUUGAUUGCAGAUCUCACAUAGGUAUAAUUUUAAAGCACAGUAGCGAAAGAAGGCAUCUUUCCAACUCUGGAAUGGGUUUGCUUCAGUGCCAUGAAGAUUGCAUGCUACUCCAGUUGUGGAGUGAACUGUGUACUUACCUGGUGAUAAUUCGUUGAGUCUUUCUUUGAUAUGCAUUGUACAUCCAUUUGAUCUUUUUUAAAAAAAAAUUCACCCCAAAUUCUUUCACAUUAAGUGAUCAGUCCACUGCUGUGAAAUAAUUCCCUCCCACCACCCCCGCCUGAGACUGAUAGUGGAGAAAGCUGUUACAAAAGUCAUUUUGAUGGCUGGUUAUUCUAGCUGCAUACACUUUGAAUAGAACGUUUUGUGUCUUGGAACAGAAUCCAGCUGUCUGUCUACUUGGCACAGCUUGUGACCAGGAACACAUUCUACCAGUUCUUUGAAAACCAGAACAUUGGUUUCUGAGUGCAAUUCAGGAAUUUUGUUUCAGUUUCCCCUCCCCACCCUACCCGAAAGUUCUCUGUGAUUGAUCGUGACUCUUUAACAAUUCCCCACCCCCCCCACCCCCAAUGUUAAGGACAGCCGAGAGAGCUGAUUGAAAUAGCAUUAUCUGGCUUGGGCUUUGUUUUGCUUUUGAGUCUGGAAUCUGUUUAAUCUAUGCGGCACAGCAACAAAAGGCAGGCUUUGCUGAAAUUUAGUACAAUACCUUGCAUUUAAUACAUAAUCUACAUAGAGCAAUUGGGAUCUAUGAAAUUUUAAACAAAGGUUAUCACUAGGGUCUCUUCCCUUCUGCAGGUGGAAUCACCUGGAAAAGACACCUCUAAUACAGAUCUUAAUGUAUUCUUAUCCACUCUUAUUCUUCUUCCUGGUGAACUUUUGCAAGCUAGAAGACAAGAGCAGCCUGCCUGUAAAGGUUUCCUUGUUUAUUUAAUUUGUCACCUCACCCCAUCCUGAAGCGAUCCAAAUUCACAGAUGGCUCCUGUCUCCCUUACAAACACUGUCUUGCACACUAGCUGAUAAGUCUGUGUUCAUAACCUCAGUGUGAUUCGCAACUAGCUGUAGUGUUGCUACUGCCACUGAUGCCAAAUGGGGAUAAGGGGAGGGGGCCGACUCUGGGAAUAAAGGUAAGGGGUGAAAGGAUAAAGCAACUUGCGAGCCAGCUGUUCUCCUGGAAUGUCUAGCGAAUGCUAUUUACAACUUGCCUCAGGGUGAUGAUGGGCUACACAAUGAACUUAAUUUCUGAGUUUGUAAUAAAUAUUUCAUUCAUGUAAAAGGAUAGGCACUCAAGUCUUCACAGGGGGUUAAGGAGACCCUUGAGGAUGUGGAAGAGUUACUGGGGAGGAGGUCAUGCAUUGCUGGGAUUCUGGUACCUCUGGUGGUUUGGGGUUUGGAGGGGUCAAAGACCUGCUAUUAUUUCUGUAGCAGAGUCCUGUCUCCAGCAUUCUAGAGCUGCCUAAUUAGCAUGAAAGGGGAGCUUUUUAGCCACAGUAUGCUCCAAAGAUUGCAAGAAAAAUGAAAACACAAGGCACUUGAGUUUCAAGAGAAUAGCAUGAAGGCAGCAGUGUACCUAGGGGUUGGCUAGGUUGGCCCCUGCCAAGGGUGCAAGCCCAGGGGGGUGCAAAAAUCUCACCUCUCCACUCUGGCUCAGAGUUGCUUUGAGCCUGCCCACUCACCCAGGCAGAAGGAUCAAUGGAGGAGGAGGAGGAGGAGGAGGAGGAGGGGAAGGAGAGGCGGAGCAGAGCAGACAUGACCCCGAUGGCUGCAGAGGAAAGGUGCCAUAGCACAAAGUUUUGGAAUUUCUGGUCCAUGGUCUCUCCAAGCUUUAGAGGAGCCAAUGCAGCUCCUUGCCAAGGGUGCAAGGGACCCUAGGCAUGCGUCUGUGUGUGGGUUCUGUUAUGUACAAUGGAACUUCAUGGAAAACACAACUUAAGUCACUCUGAAAUAAGGAAUUUGCCCUUGUAUGUGCACAGAAAAUAGUAGAUAUUGCUGAAAGGCAACAUUGAUCACAGUGAUGCAUCCCUAAUUGUUAUUGUAUAAUUAUCAGAUGAUUGUAUAAUCUUAGAAUGGGUGUGACAGUCAUGAAGGGACCCUGAACUUUGCAUUUGCCUCUGCACUACUGUCUGCAACACUCCUGUUGGGAUGGAAACUCCCACCCACAGCUACACUUUAUCAGAAGAUGGUAAGAAGCAGCUGUCCUCCUGAUUCAUGUGUAGUGAAGUGGUCCUGUUACCCAGUCUUCUGCUCAGGGAGUAGCAUAUAACAAAUACAAUCUAUAUAAAAGAAAAUGCAAACUUAAAACCAUGCAAUCUAAAAGCAGCGUUGUAGAUAAAAAUAGCAGCAGAAAUUUUUAUUUUAUUUAUUAUGUGCACCUUCACCUGAUGGUCCCAGGGCAGAGAAUACAUACAUGUACUAAACCCAAAAAUUCACAAUAUAAAACUAAACAGAAUGCAUGCACAUCAUUAGUCAAUAUUUGCCACACCCACCAAACACCUUUUGGUACUAAUAGCCCCUUGUGAUGAGGAACAAAUGUGGCUUUAAUGCUGUGGUCCUAGGAGCUGUUUUGUGACGCUAUUAUUGUGUAAGUUUGGUCACUGAAACUAACCUUUCUGUCUUUCUUUCUGUUGGUACCUGCUGGCAGGGAGCUAGUAGAAAACAAGAUUCCUACCACUACUUAUAUAUGAAGGUCCCCAUUGCAUAUAUCAUCAGUAGGCAUGCAUGAAAGGAUUGGAAAAGAAAAGAAGAAGAAUUAUUUUAAGGGAUCUCAUACUCCCCCCCUCCUCCAAUUUGCCCCAAUAUAAGCCACACCUUUAAAAUUCAAGGGGGGGGGGAGAAAAAAAGACAAUACCUGAAUAUAAACCGUUCGCUUAAAAUUCCACAGGCACUCACACCCGUUCCAUUUUACCAUGUGUCUGUUUCAGCAGCUAUAUCAUAAAAGCCAGUUUUUGUAAGGUUGCGAAUUUAAGCCACGCUUUAACUUUUCACGGUUGGAAUUUGGAAAAAAAAGUGAGGCUUAUAUUCAGGCCAAUACGGUAAGUUUCACCCUCAUUUCCUGGUUCUGAGACUAGCAGCUGCUUUGGCACUCAGCUUUUUAUUGUUGGGCGCAGUCACAUCAACCUUUUGAUGGGUUCUGUUGCCUUUUGUGCCCUGUAUUCUGCCAUCAGACUGAGAUAGCCAUUAUAUUCCUUGCAAAGAGAAAGGUGCACGUUGUACUCCUCGCACAAAGAAAAGCUGCAAUCUCUAAAAUGUAGAAGGCUUUGAUAAAGAGGAUGGUCCCUCUACCACAACCGGUCACCACCAAGAUCAUCCAGCAGUUUCAUGGAGAUUUUCUUGAUUGGUGGUAAUCUAAGUGCUUGCUUAGAUUACAGCCAUGAGAGACAAUGCCUGGGACCAAUUUAAAGUGUUCUCUCUCUUUUUCCAAUAGAGACCCUUUUUAAACAACAGCUGUGUGAUUAAAGAAAAAUUGACGGACAAAGGUACCGUAAUUUUGUAUUUAUCUUUUUGUAAAUUGCUUUGAGGUUUUUGUUUUGUUUUUUUACAAUCAAGUGGUAUAUACCGGUAAAUACAUGUCAGUAAAGGGCUUAAUAACUUGAACUAGGCAUUUGUGAGAAGCAUAGCCCAAAGUUAGGAAAUAACUUUGACUCACUUUUAUGAAUAAAUCCGCACCUAUUGAAUAUCUGCCUGUUCCACAUGUGUUAAAAUCACAGUGGCUCCACCAGGGAAGAAGCAGCAACCCCAGGGUGCAUAGUAAGAAUAGCUGUUGCAACAGCUCAGUGUUAGGACCUGUGUUUAGUGCCAGGUUGAGCUCUGCCUUAUAUAAGGUGAGUUACUGUUAUUUGCACCAGUAUUGUGCUUGCUAAAGAAAAUGAAUAUCUAGUCUCAUCUUAAUUCAUGCAAAAAACCCCCAAAACCAUAGAUAACCAUAUCAAGUGACGGAAGUAACCCACAAUAUGGCAAUAUAUUGGGACCGACCAAAAUGUUACAAAAACCUGAAAGCUAUUUUGUUAUGCUUUGGUUAGUCCCAGUGAUUAUGUUUCCCUGUUGUGAAUUCUGCAUUUAUUCAAACUGGGCUACCCCUAAAUUUUGUGCAGCAGUACUGUAAGUUCUGUAUAUUCUAGAGAUUUAGGGUUUGCCAACUUUGUUACUGGGCCUCUUCCUUUAACAGAAGCUAGGGUUGGGGGAGAAAUCGAAUAUAAUUCACAUUUAAAGGUGAACCUACCUAAUCUGCACUUUCUGAAACAGAUACGCAGUCUGGAACACAGGCAUCCUUCUAAAUUUGCACGUCUCUGAAUUUUGCAAUGCAGUUCUCCAGCCAAGUAAAGAGUACAAAAAUCCAUAUCCCUCAACAUGGUGUCCUUCAUGUGUUUUGUACUCCCAUCAGCUCCAGCCAGCUUGGAAAACUGGGAGUUGAAGUCCAUAAUUUGAGGACACCAGAUUGGGGGGAGAUGACCUAGAGGACCUGGAUGAUAAUUCCAGGUGUGGGUUGCAAUGGAGAGAAAAAAAUGCAAUACAGUACAGUGGUACCUCGGGUUACAUACGCUUCAGGUUACAUACUCUACUAACUCAGAAAUAGUGCUUCAGGUUAAGAACUUUGCUUCAGGAUGAGAACAGAAAUCGUGCUCCAGUGGUGCAGCGGCAGCGGGAGGCCCCAUUAGCUAAAGUGGUGCUUCAGGUUAAGAACAGUUUCAGGUUAGGUACGGACCUCCAGAACGAAUUAAAUACUUAACCCGAGGUACCACUGUAUGUACGUUUCAUCAGCACUCAUCUAUUUUAUGUUUUCACUAUUCUCAUACUGAAUUCCCUAUUCUCUAGUACAGUGGUACCUCGGGUUACAUAUGCUUCAGGUUACAUACGCUUCAGGUUACAGACUCCGCUAACCCAGAAAUAGUAUCUCGGGUUAAGAACUUUGCUUCAGGAUGAGAACAGAAAUCACGCGGUGGCGCGGCAGCAGCGGGAGGCCUCAUUAGCUAAAGUGGUGUUUCAGGUUAAGAACAGUUUCAGGUUAAGAACGGACCUCCGGAACGAAUUAAGUACAUAACCAGAGGUACCACUGUACUGAAAAUAUUCUAGUGUUUGACAAUAGUGGUGACCUCUUUUUAUUAAUGAAACAAAGCCUCUUUUUAUUAUCUGCAUAUGUUUCUUGAGAAGGAGUCGUCGGCUGCAUAGUUGGGGCAUGUUCUGCUUACCGCAGUCUCCACACAGAUCUGCAGUUGUCUUUAAACCAGGAUAGCUGCCAAAUUGCUACGGCAGUGAAGGGAUUUCCAGAUGCUCCAUACUCUCUCCUUCCACGGUUCUUGGUUCUGUGCGUGGCUAAUUCUUAUCUGCUUACUGUGAACUGCAUCCAAAACAUGAAUAUAUGUUCAGUUUUACAAGCUGAUUCUGAAGGUUCUUGUGUGGAGGCCAGCCCUUUUGAUGUCAGCCGCACUUAUCUCCAAGUAAGCAUCCUUAAGACUGCAGCCUUAGCUGACUGUCUUGCUCCCUAUCCUCAGUUCUGAGACUGACCUUCACCAUUUCCGAGCGCAAAUUGUGAGUUCUGAGUAACUCUGUAUAAUGUCAGGAAAGAGAACAGCUGCUUAUCAGGAGAAUUGGAUUACAUGUGCGACAUUGAAAUAGGUGAGUGGGAGGUUGCCUUCAGCCAUUAAUGACAUAAAAAAGAGCAUAUGGAGGGAAAAUUGGUGUAGUUUGCUGAUGAGAUUUGGGGAAAUAUAUAUAAAAGACUUCUAAUUCCCCAUCCAGGUUGUAACUGUUACAAUACAAAUGGUAAUGGUGAGUGACUUACUGCUGUGGCAAUUAAAUGACGACAUCUAAGGACACAUUGGAUGGGAUCCAAAGAGUCUUUAUAACUGCAAGAAUGCUUAUUUUGUUUAUUUAGCAUUUCUGUACCAUUUAUCUGCAGUUUUCAAAGGAAAAUCCAAGUGCUACUCAAAAUAGAAAAGUUGCAACAAUAAUUUUAAAAAACCCCACUUUCAACAAGCAAUAAAACUUCACAAGUAAACUGAAAAACAUUGUUUUUUAAGAGCAGGUGUUGAUAUUGAAAAGCACAGGAGAUAAGGUCAAACCCUUGCUGUGCCACACAAGACAAAGACUAGUGGGGUGGAGCUGCCAUCCUAAAGUGCUCUCUUUUGAUAGCAGUCCAGCAACUGGGAACAGAUGGACUGCCAGACAGUUCCAUAUACUCCUGAAGAAUUUGAUGAUCAGUUUCAUCAAAAACCACUGAAAGGUCCAGAAGAGUGAACAAUUUCUUCCCCUCUGUUUCUGUCUCCGUCUGUCUUUGUCUGUUUCUCUUCUCUCUCUCUCUCUCUCUCUCUCUCUCUCUCUCUCUCUCUCUCUCUCUCUCUCACACACACACACACACACACACACCAGUUUGUGCAUAGGGACAAAACAAUGUGGCUUCUCACUUUAGCUCAGUUCUAAACCCUGACUGGACUGAGUCUAGAAAAUCCAUCCAAUACGAGGAUUACUUGUACUGUCCGCUUGAUCAUUUUCUUCAAGAGAGAGGCAAACUUGACCCUAGCUUAUAGUUUUCAGCAGCAGGCAGAUUGCUGCAGACAAACCUGUCUCAACAGGUUACUUUCCGUUGUUGAAAUCAGUGGUUUUCAACCCUUUUUUCGUUGAGGGAACCCAUUUAACAGGAAAAGUAACUUGGUGAAAGAAAUUGGAGGUGGCAUGACUUCUCAAGACACAGAGACAAAAAAGAAUACGUAAUGAUACAUUUAAUGAGAACAGCAGAACAUUUUCUUUCUGUGGUUUAGGAGCAAAGUAGAAGAAACGUAUAGAGUAAGUUUUGCAUCAUGAAGCUGUUAGGCACCAGGUCUUUUCCAAAUGAAAUAAGAAGAUACACUGGUGAUUUGGGUCAUUAACUUGGAAAUCCAUGUAGGAUGCCAUAUUUUGGAUUUCCCAAAGACUGGCUACAUGGUACAUAGGAAACCUUGAGUUGGCGAGGCUCAUCUGACUGCAGCAGGAAACCAAGCCUUUAAUGUUGUCGGCCUGGUCCUGGGGAAUGUUGUGCCAGUAGAGAUUCAGCAGUUGCUUCCUGUUUUGGCCUUUAAAUGUCUGCAGAAAACAUUUGUAUGCCACCUAGCUUCCGCACUCAAUUAAGGAAUUACUGUAAUGCCAGCUGAUCUCAGAUUUUAAAUUUUACAUGCUUUCUAUUGUAUAUGUGUAUGGUUGUUGCAAACUGUUUAUAUGUUUUUUAAUUAAAAGCAGUAUGCAAAUACUUUUAAUGAAUGAAUGAAUGAAUGAAUAGACAGUUCCCUGCCUCAUAGGCCAGAAUGUGGGUUAGACAAGCUUGAAUAAUGAGCUUGUUGUGCCUUUUAGGAACAAGAAAGGAGGAAGAGAGUUGUAGCAAAAAAAAAAUAUUCCUUGUGAGUGAGUGAGUGUUUUAAGAAAAUAAUAUUUCUUAGGUUCAGAUGUCUGUAUCAGUUUGAGUGCAGUUUCUUUCCUUAAUAUGUAUGCAAUCAGGGCCAUAUCACAAUUACAAUACACAUUUAGAAUUGUGGUUUGUGCUUAUGGUUUUAACUCUUAUUUGGGAUCAGUUCAAAGUGCUGGAGAACCUGUGUUGAGAAAGCAUGUGGUUCAGGGAAGCCAUUACACAAUUAAAAAGGAAGUAAGUCAGGUGGGUCUAUAAAUUAAAUGCAGUAGUUCUAAAUGGAUUUAAUGAAAAAAUUAGAAUGGACGUUUGUUAUGUAGGAAACUGAAAAUGUAUGCUCAUUGAGAAUAAUGUUAGUAAAUGUCUUGCCAUUGUUGAUUUUAUGCUGUAUUAAUACAUAUGUAUACUGAAUACAAGUUAAUGUAAGUUUUUUCAGAAGCCAUGGAAUGGCUAAGCAAUGCAGUUGUACACCUGAUUACAAUUGUGAAAUCAGGUGUGCAUGUUGUGUUAGGUAUAAUAACCUCAGCAGAACCUUUGCAUGAUCUUACAGGACCUAUCAAAUUCCAUGUUUGUACGUUGCUGAGUGUGUUGCGAAUAUGUGUGAAUACAAAAAAUGAUUCUUUUAAAUAUGAUUUUAAUAUACUUUUCUUAACUGGUGAUACUGUAAAUUAUUGCAAGCUGAAGACACUGGCUAUCUUGAGAUAAAUGGUGAGCAAAUUAUUAUUUUAAGUUUUAAGUAUUGUGAAGAUAAAUGGUCAAUUUGUUCAUUUUAUUUUUUAAUACAACUGUUUAUUUUUGUAUGUAGAACUUAUGCAUAAGGAACUGCUGUACAGGAAUACAUGCCCCUGAGAGAAGCAGACCAAGCUGA